CCCGCAACCGCCUUCCGCAGCGCUAUUAUAGGACAGUAACUUUGGUCCAGCUUCGUUCCCUUGGACAACAACGGCACACAGGUCCGUGAGAAAAUCACUCUUUCUCAAAAGGGCAUAACUUAAACCCCAAACGUCCGCCUUCCCGCUCCAGCUUCGCCUGAAAAGCUCAAACCAUAUCGCACAGCGCUUCCAAUCAGCUCUGCUCCAUUCAACCAAACCUUGAACUCUAGUUUGAACCUUCUGCAUACGAAAAGCAAAACAAAACGAAAACAUGACAUCUGGCAACGGAUAUCUCUCUCCACCCACUCCCUCUGUGCCGAUGCCAGUGCGUCACGCUGGCCCGGGGGAAAAGCCACCUCACGACUAUGGCACCACUCCCGGAGGAACCAUCUUUGGAACCACUCCAGGUGGAACACGCAUCAUCUACACAAAGGAUGCACUCAUGAAUCUGAGUCGCUCUCCUCUCUCCCAAAAGUCACCACGAGGCCUCGCUUACAUUCCUGGCAUAACGAAGGUCGCCCUUCCAAAAGCGGCCGGCUCUACAGAACAGCAAAAGCCGGUGAAGGCGGCAGAUACAAAGCCCGCUCCGCCAAAGGCACAGAAGGACGAGAAGGACGAUUUGUUUGACAUGGAGAUAUGAUCGAAUUGGUUGACUUCGGAGGAACCGGGUGGGAAAAGCGAGGGGGAAAUGGAAGAUCUGGGGAAACUGGACUGGUAAAUGAGCUACGGACAGCGGGGCAAGACGUUCUGACUGAACGAUUGCUGUCCGCCGUCAGUUUGUGGUUGUAUCAGAUUGAAUGAAAGCUUUCAUGUUUCCCUCAGACAGCAAUUUUGGUGCGAAGAAGGGGUCUGAAUCUUGCUUAGGAUGGCAUCGAUGGUAUCGGUUGAGGUCGGAUGAUGAGCAGGCUACGGGAAGUUCACAUGUAGUGGGACUCGAUGUAUCUAUAUCAAACAUAGAUCUUGUUCGGAAGGCCUUUCCUUGCAUCUCAUCCGGGAAUUGCAAUCGGCUCCUCUUUUCGUUUAUAUAUGUACCUAUCUUGAAAGCUUUUGGAUGCACCGCCA